GGGCCGGCUCAGUGGGACGCUCCGGGAGGCAGCGACCGCGGACGUCCAAACUUCCGUGAACCGUGAGUUUCUGACAGUUUGUCCCACAGCCGUGGACUGCGAGGGACCGGGGACGAGUUCCUGAUCGCGACUUAGAUGGUGUCUCCCUACGAGCAUCCCGCGGCGGGAAGAGUUGGGCCUGCGCACUGUGCUUCCCGUUGGCGCUGGCGGACGCUCUGCCCUGCGCGCUCGCCCAGGGCUGCCCAUUCAUUCAUCCUUCCGUUAGCACCUAGCCGCCCUCGGUUGGCUCAAGUCGGGCAGAGGGCCACGCCCUGGCGAGCGACUUCCUCCGGAGCAAACCGCCAACCCUCCCUCGCAGUCCCCGGGGGUCCCAGCCCGCUGUGGCCCGCUCCACCCCGUCCCCGCGGGAGUGCUCGCCGCAGGCCAGUGGCAGCGACGCCUCCCCGGUUGGGACUUGGACAUAUGCUGCUGCUCUCGCUUGUGCGCAUGACUCGGUAGCCCACUGCUCUCUGCAUCCCAGUCGUGCGUGGUGGAAGCCUCUUUGGGGACUCAGAUGGAGGAGCCAAUGGCGUUUUCUCCCCUGCGUGGCUGUGACAGGUGUCCGGCUGAUGACUCUUUAAAAAAAUAUGAGCAGAGUGUUAAACUUUCAGGUAUUAAAAGAGAUAUUGAGGAGCUUUGCGAAGCCGUACCACAGCUUGUCAGUGUGUUCAAAAUUAAGGACAAAAUCGGAGAAGGCACCUUCAGCUCUGUUUAUUUGGCCACAGCGCAGCUGCAAGAAGGACGUGAAGAGAAGAUUGCGCUGAAACACUUAAUUCCCACAAGCCAUCCUGUGAGGAUUGCGGCCGAGCUUCAGUGUCUGACCGUCGCAGGGGGGCAGGACAAUGUCAUGGGAGUGAAGUACUGCUUCAGGAAGAACGACCAUGUGGUGAUUGCUAUGCCCUACCUGGAACAUGAGUCUUUUCUGGACAUUUUGAAUUCUCUUUCCUUUCAAGAAGUUCGAGAAUAUAUGUUCAACCUUUUCGUAGCUCUGAAGCGGAUUCACCAGUUUGGCAUUGUUCACCGUGAUGUGAAGCCCAGUAACUUUUUAUACAAUAGACGCCUGAAAAAGUAUGCCUUGGUGGACUUCGGUUUGGCCCAAGGAACCCGUGACACAAAGAUAGAGCUGCUCAAGUUUGUCCAGUCUGAAGCUCAGCAGGAAGAUUGUUCACGAAACAAAUGUCAUGGAGUCAUUGGACACAAGGGCCCACUGAGUCGCCCAGCACCUAAAAAUGUGGAUCAGCACAUCACCACAAAAACUUCUGUCAAAAGAUCCUAUGCAAACGCACAGAUUCACAUUAAGCAAGGAAAAGACGGAAAGGAGGGGUCUGUAGGCCUUUCUGUCCAGCGCUCUGUUUUUGGAGAAAGAAAUUUCAAUAUACACAGCUCCAUUUCACAUGAGAGCCCUGCAGAGAAACUCAUCAAGCAAUCGAAGACUGUGGACAUAAUGUCAAGAAAGCUAGCAACAAAAAAGAUGGCCGUUUCUACAAAGGCUGUGAAUAGCUCGAUGAGGGACUCUGCCAGGUCCUGCCCAGCUGCCCUCACGUGCGACUGCUAUGGAACAGAUAGAGUGUGCAGCGUUUGCCUGUCGAGGCGGCAGCAGGUUGCCCCUAGGGCAGGCACACCAGGAUUCAGAGCGCCAGAGGUCCUGACAAAGUGUCCUGACCAGACUACAGCGAUUGACAUGUGGUCUGCAGGUGUCAUAUUCCUUUCCUUGCUCAGUGGGCGGUACCCGUUUUACAAGGCCAGCGAUGACUUAACUGCUUUGGCCCAAAUCAUGACAAUUCGAGGAUCCAGGGAAACUAUCCAGGCUGCUAAAGCUUUUGGCAAAUCAAUUUUGUGUAGCAAAGAAGUCCCAGCACAAGACUUGAGGACGCUCUGUGAGAGACUACGGGGUCCGGACUCUGCCAAUCCCAAGUCUGCUGUUGAUCCUCCAGGGAAUACUGGCCACCACCCUGCUGCUUCGGAGAGCACUGACCAUAAAGCGCCCCAUGCACCGGCCUCUCCGGCACAGCACUCGGAGGAUUCCCUGUAUAAAAGGGGCAGCGGCGGUGGUCGGAGACAUCCCAGAGAUCGAACUGCCAACCCAGAGGGCUGGGACUCGGUGCCUGAUGACGCCUAUGACCUGCUCGAUAAACUUCUGGACUUAAACCCAGCCUCCAGGAUAACAGCAGAAGCGGCCUUGGUCCAUCCGUUCUUUAAAGAUGUGUGCUGAUGUGGCUUCCCACUCACUGUUGUCGCCGUGCGGUGUGAUGUGGGGUAGAUAACCACGGGUUGUUUGUGUCGGAGUCCAGGGUAGAAAGAGUAAGUUGUCAGAUUGUAAACAGAUUAAGAAUUCUGAAGAUCCUGGGGGAUCCUUAGCAAGAUCUUGGAGUGAAACCACCAAGUUGACUCUGUGGCUUAGUGUCCUGGUUUUCCCUGCCUCAGGAGUAACCCACUUAGCCUGAUAUAGGGGUCCAGGUCAGACAGCUAACAAUGUGACAGGGAGAAGUGAGUGAAAACAGUUUCCAAGGCAGUGUGUGCUCUACACCGUGUGCACGUGGGAAUUGGCUGUUGGUGGCGGACAGGUGUGCAAGUGAACAAUUAUUGCAGAAAUGUUUGUCACUGCCUAACAUAGUCAUUGUAAAUUACACGGUGCUUACUACAGAGUUUCUGGAUGCUUCACUAAGUGCUACAAGUAUUUAUAUUUGGAGCCUAAUAAUGUGUGUAUGGUUGAUAAGACAGAAAUGCUUCUUUUUCUCAUAGUAUUUUUUUUCCUCACACCACCUUCAUUUGCUUAAUUAGGUAAUGGACACAAAGAAAAGUGAGUGUAGAACUGGAACAUUACUGGUGUGUGUGUGUGUAUGUGUGUGUGUGUGUCUGUCUGUCUUGUCUGUCUGUCUGUCUGCCAGGAGCAUCUGCAUUUCUGUUUAAGUUGAUUUGGUCAGGAGGAAUGGGUCUUAGGUAGUUGAGAAAAAGACACUAAGUGACAAAGCACAAAAGGCUUGGUACAGCGAUUUGUGCUUUACUUAUGUUCUAAACUCUGUGUCAAGGAUAGCGUACCAGGCUUCCCAGGGGUCACAGACUAUAGGGAGCGGUCUCUGAGUGUUCACGUUACUGCUGUGAAUGUGGGUAGAUAAAUGUGUCUCAUGGAUCUAUUUGACGUGUAUAUUUGUGUGUAUACAUGCUUUGUCUUAUGCUGUAAUUUUUUAAAACUUCAGUGUUUCAGGAUAUGUAUUUAAUAAUAAAACUUUUAGACUCUUA